CUGUACAGACUGGUCUCUCUCUCUGUACAGACUGGUCUCUCUGUCCAGACUAGUCUCUCUCUCUGUACAGACUGGUCUCACUCUCUGUACAGACUGGUCUGUCUCUCUCUAAAACUGAGCAGUGUCUCCGCAGACUGGUCAAAGACUGGCUCAUCUCUAUAUAGACCGAUCUCUCUGUGUAACACGGAGCAGUAUGUUUAACAUGGACUAAUCUCAAUACUCCACUAGUCUCUCUAAAUCUUACUUGAUUGACCAUUGGUGUCGAACCUAUGUGCUCAUUUGUUUGUGGUCGCAAUUCCUGGGCCAGCCUCUACCGAGGACGAGUCUCAUACUCGGAGCAGAUCGUCCCACGGAUCGCUGUGCAACCUGUGAAGAGUAAGGUGAGCAGGGAAUUUUAGGCCCAAUCCUAACCCUGUGUCGAACCAAGACGCUGCUCCUCCUCGAAGCCGUCUCCAACCAGAACCCAUCUCAAGCUUUCAGACUUUCAUCAACCAGGACCCGUGUCGAACUCGGCACCCAGUUUCCUUUCUGGACUUGCCUCGCGCUUGGAACAUCUUCAACCCGAACCCGUAUCGAGACCCACAGCUCCCCGCAGUGACUUCUCGACCCUCUCUCGAGCUUGGACCUUUCUCAAACUCCCGCAGAAAGCAUCAACCUAGACCAAAUAUCGAACUCAGAUCCCAGUUCCUGCUCAUCAUCGGACCUGUCCCAAGACAGGACCAACCUUCAACACAAAAACCCAGGUGGCACCUGGAAGGUUCUACAAGGAUCAUGGGAAACAUCCGCUUCAACACCAGCACCACCACCACCACAGACAUCUACCGCUGCUGCCGUUUUCUCCUGCUGCUGCUGCUGCUGCUUGGAUCGGUAUCAGCAGGACCAGGUGAGGCGGGGGAGGUUUACCUGCUCACCGCGGCUCCGCGUGACACCGACGCGUUUCAGCGGUUCCUGCGCAGCGCACGGCACUUCAACUACACCGUCAAGGCGCUGGGUGUGGAGUCGGAGGCGAGCGGGCCGCUGGGUGGGGGCCUCGCCCUGCCGCUCGUCAAGGAGGCGCUGCAGGGCGACCUGCGGCACCUGGGGGAUGACUCGGUCGUCGUCGUCAUGAGCAGAGACCAUGACGUGCUGCUGGCGAGCGGGCCGGCGGAGCUGCUGGCGAAGUUCCGGCAGGCUCGCCACCGCCUCGUCUUCGCUGCCGAGUCCUUCGCUUGGCCGGACCAUGGACAGCAGGGCCAGGGCCUGCGGGACCACUACCCAGCCGUUCGCCACGGCAAGCGCUUCCUCAGCCACGGCGGGCUGGUGGGCACGGGCGCGGCCGUGCGGGCGCUGCUCGCUCUGUGGGACGGCGCCGGCGACACCGCCACCGACGAGAGGGACUUCUACACGCGCGUCUACCUCGACCCGGAGCUCAGGGAGCAGCUGAACAUCACUCUGGAUCACCGCUGCCGAAUUUUCCAGAACCUCCACGGCUCGCUCGCCGAGGUCGUGCUCAAGUUCGAGACGGGCCGCGUGCGAGCUCGCAACAUCGAGUACAACAGCCUGCCCGUCGUCGUUUUCGGCAGCGGUCAAACAAAGGCUCAGCUGACGUACCUGGGCAACUACAUCCCGGACGCGUGGUCCUAUGAGAGCGGCUGCCGCGCCUGCCUGGAGGAGGAGCGUGACCUCGCCGCCGGAACGGAGGAUCGUCUGCUGCCGCGCGUGCUCGUGGCGCUGUUCGUGGAGACGCCGGUUCCCUUCUUGCCCGAUGCCCUGCAGCGGAUACUCACGAUGGCCUACCCGGCAUCACGCGUCGCGCUGUUAGUGCACUGCACGGUGAAGCAUCACCAGGCCCAGGUGAGUCGUUUCCUCACAGACCACUGGGCUCAGUUUGAGUCGGCCCGUGUCCUGGACCAGACCUCUGCCCUUAGCCCCUCGGAGGCCAGAGAGAGCGCCGCGGCGGUGUGUCGGGACGACCCUGGCUGCGACUUCUACCUGAGUCUGGAUGCUGGCGUCGCCCUCACGAACCGCCACUCCCUGCGCCUCCUCAUCCAGCAGAACAGGAAGGUGCUAGCCCCCCUCGUGUCCCGCACGGGGAAGCUGUGGUCCAACUUCUGGGGGGCUCGCGGCGAGGACGGCUUCUACGCUCGCUCCGAGGACUACGUGGACAUCGUGGCCAGACACAGAGUGGGCGUGUGGAGCGUUCCGCACGUGAGCACCGUGUACCUACUGCAUGGCUCCGCGCUGCGGGGGGCUCUGGGCGCCCCCCUUUACUCGCAGGGACCGGGGUCCAGCCAGGACCACGAGCUCGCCUUCUCCCACAACCUGCGCAACCGCGGGGUGUUCAUGCACCUGACGAACAGGCAUGAGUUUGGACACCUGCUGUCGCUUAGCAACCAGACCACCACUCACCUGCACAACGACCUGUGGCAGAUGGAGGAGAACCCGCAGGACUGGAAGGAGAGGUAUAUCCACGCGGACUACGACAAAAUAUUUGAAGAGCAGAGCAUCGUCCAGAAGCCGUGUAACGAGGUGUUCUGGUUCCCGCUCUUCUCGGACGCCGCGUGCGACCAAAUAAUCGAGGAGAUGGAGAAUCACGGAGAGUGGUCCGGGGGGAAACACGAGGACAAACGCGUGGGAGGCUACGAGAGCGUGCCCACCGACGAUAUCCACAUGGGGCAGAUCGGCUUCCACGACCAGUGGCUCGCCUUCCUGCGCCGCUUCAUCAAGCCCGUGGUCGAGAAGAUGUACAAGGGCUACGUGACCGAGUCCCUGAGCGUGCUGAGCUUCGUGGUUCGCUAUCGCCCCGAUCGUCAGCCGUUCCUCCGGCCGCACCAUGACGCAUCCACCUACACCAUCAACAUCGCCCUCAACACCGCCGGGGUCGACUACGAGGGUGGCGGGUGCCGGUUUCCCCGGCAGGAGUGCUCCAUCACGGACUCCCGCAAGGGCUGGGCCCUCAUGCACCCGGGCCGGCUCACGCACCUGCACGAGGGGCUGCCCACCACGAACGGCACGCGCUACAUCGCCGUCAGCUUCGUAGACCCCUAGAGAUCCCGCGAUGCUGGGAGGCUCGAGCGGGACGCGCCGGGAGCCAUUCCCCACCGCGCGACCGGGAGCGGCGUCCCGCCCGACGCCACGUCCUCGUAGCGAACGAGUCGUUAAUCCCACCCCUUGGCCCUGCUUGCCCCCUUCCCUACACCCCACCGAGCCAGAUUCAGAUGUCUUCUUCUUCUUGCGAGGGUAGCAGCGCGGCACGGUUUGGUUCCCGCUGGGCUCGGAAAACGGCCAGCGGGGAAAACCACUCCGGAGCACGCGAGGGUUCUGUGCUGGCUCGGCUCGAGUGUGCCAGUGGAAAAAAAAAUAAGAGGCGUAACAAUGAGCUGGCAGCCCCACCCUCAACCAGCCCUGCCCACUUUUACAUCGUCACACCCACUCAGCCACCAGCACCAUCCCCAGCAGGUGGAUUUGCCAAUGGCGCAGCCCACAGCUCAGAGGCCCCACCCACUAACUCAAGUAGCCCCGCCUUUUCCCUCACCAUCACGAGUUGACCAUGAAGCCAUACUAUUUUCUAUCCAGGGACAAAAUUCUGAAUUUUACAAAACUUUAGGACAGACUUUAAAAUUGGGACCUUCAGUCAAGCCAGGGCAUGUUUUUAAUAUAAAAUUAUGGUGACGGUGCACAGGCCCCAAGAUAGCAGGCUGGCAGCAACGUACAGCACUAUUAACGUAGUACUGGAAUGGAUCUAAAAAUAGUUGUACACGUUUCUUGAAUUGAGCAAAGUUGUGAGAACUUGGGAAAGCAGAUGACGGGAGGGAAUGCCAAAGUGACGCAGUGGAACAAACCACGAAGACUCUGGCCCCGAAGCUCAAAACCCGAGGAUAAGAGCCAGAAACGGCUGGCAACUGAAAUCUACGUGCCUCCCGCUCAGCCUUCUUAUAACGCUUGACAUGUGGAUUCUGGCUGCGAGCCAGUUAACCCACCCCCUCGCUUUCCCCAGCUGCUCGUGUCCAGCCGUCGCCUCCGAAUUCUACGAUGUCGUUCCGACUCACCCCUCCGCUUGUCUCCGUCUCCACCCUGGAGUCAACUCCGUCAUAUUUCGCCGUUUGUCGUCGUCGGUUCUCUCGCGACGCGCCCUGCCACCGCUCCCGGCUCCAUCUCCUUCGUCGCUGGGCACGGCCACCGCGUGAUGGCAGACGCGUGCUGCCCCCGCUUCUUGAACGUUACAAAUAAAAGGAUAAGACUU